AUGGCUAGUUUACCAGAAAAUAUAAAUGAAAAUACUGAAACAACAGCAGAAACCACCAUAGUUGGUGAUGCUAUUGAUUCUGCUGGAAUUGCUACAAAAAAUGUAGUAGAUUCUUGUCAUCCUUUCUACAUCCAUCUCUUGGAUUAUCCAGGGAUGAGUCUAGUUUCCAUUGUGUUUGAUGGAAGAAGAUAUGGUGGCUGGAGAAGAGCAGUCAUCAUAGCCCUUUCAGCCAAGAACAAGUUGGGAUUCACUGAUGGAUCACUAGCUGUUCCCACAUCUGAUUCAGCACUUCUGAAAGCUUGGAUUAGAUGUAAUGACAUGGUCUUGUUAUGGCUCCUUAAUUUACUCUCUAAGGAGAUUGCUGAAAGUGUCUUGUACUUAGUUAAUGCCAAAAGCCUCUGGAAAGACCGCGAAGACAGAUUUUGUCAAGCAUCUGGUGCUAAACUAUUUCAAUUACAAAAGGAACUCAAUGCUUUUGUUCGAGGAAAUACUAGCAUUUCAACUUAUUUCACUAAAAUAAAGAGUUUGUGGGAUGAACUAGAUGCCCUUAACACUUUUUCCAGUUGCUCUUGUGAGUGUAUUUGUGGUGCAAAGAAGAAACGUGUCAAGGCUCAUGAAGAUGAAAGACUGCUUCAGUUCCUAAUGGGAUUAAAUGACACAUUCAUAGGGGUUAGAAGAAAUAUUCUCAUGUCUUCUCCCCUACCCAGUAUUGGUCAAGCUUACCCACUUAUUGUUCAAGAUGAAAAAUAA